AUGAAAACGAGACGAAAACGGCCCGCUCCCAUCAACAAAGCCCGGGACGCCCUCCGCCCCCCAGCUGCUUCCACAAAGAGCUGGAGGAGCUCGGCGCGCAACUGCUGCGGAUUCCGCCCCGAGCGGCGGCCCUGGCAUAUGGCAUCGCCCCAGCGCGGCGCUGACCCUCCCGCCCCGGCGCCGGCACCCCCAGCAGCCUGUCAUGGCAACAGCUGGGGGGCGGGGGCGUGA